AUGCAGGCCGACACGUCGUGGUCGGACCUCCUCUUGGCCCUGCUAAAGGUGACGACUGUUACCGCCUUCUUCGGCACGUCGCGGUCCAGAGACUUUGGGCUUGCAUCCCCGAAUUGCCGCUCUCCCAACAAAGUCUUCAGCCAACUUUGUGCAUAUCAACAACCUAGCACUGGAUGAUGGUGCUCUUGUUGCCAGUCCAUGGGACGACUAGCGCUUGAUUGCUUGACUGAUAUUUUUCACCAUGUGUUUGCUAUUGACUCGUACCAAAACGGCCGUGCAGCACCCCCUUUAGCUUCCCAGCAAACGUCACAGUUGACGCGCCA